AUGUUAGCAACUGCAAAUUACUCUAUUCAAAUUAACAUAAAAGAUUUAUCGUUAAGUUUCGGACAUAAAAUUCUUUUUGAUGAUUUAAACUUUUGCUUGCAAAAUGGCGAUAAAAUUACCAUUGUUGGUGACAAUGGCUCAGGUAAAUCAACCCUUAUUAAUUUACUGGCUGGUAAAGAUUAUGACCAAUUUGGACAAAUUAAGGUGUGCGGGAAAAUUGGAUACCUUCCUCAAUCUUUUGAAGAUUUUAAAAAUCAGUCCACUCUUGAUCACCUUAUUUAUGCUUCCCAAAAUUCACAAUUGAUAAAACUUACCCAAACGCCUUUUGCAAAACAAUAUUUUGAGCGGGAUUUUUUUGAACUCAGCGGCGGGGAAAAAGUUAAAGUGCAUUUGAGUGGAUUAGUCCAUGCCGACACAGACAUUUUAUUGCUUGAUGAACCAACCAACCAUCUUGAUAAUGAAGGAUGUGAUUGGAUUGAGAAUUUUAUUAGACAACAUCAAGGCAUAACAAUAAUGGUGACUCACGACCGGGCUCUUAUUAACAAUACCGAGAGUAAAAUUGUUGAAUUAUGUCCUUUUACCCAUAAACUCAUACGUUUUCGCGGAGGAUAUAAAUUUUACUUAGAACAGCAAAAACAAAAUCAGGAACGUUCGCAAGCAUUAUUAGAAAAACAAGAAAAAAAUAUAACUACCCUUAGAAAAAAACAGGAUACCCUUGGUUCAACCGCUUCAUUACAAGUUAGAAAGAAAAUUAAGCGACUUAAAGAAAGUAUGAUUGAUGUUUCUCAAGUCCGCAAAAUACCUCGCAUUGUCUUUAAUGAAAAAAUAAAAACUAGUGUUAAUUUAUCUGCAACUAAUCUAACAAAACACCCUUUAUUUACUGGGAUAAAUUUUAAUCUUGAUUCCUUGGAUCAUCUAGUCAUCACGGGAAAAAAUGGUGCGGGCAAAACUACCUUAUUGGAAAUUAUUUAUGGUUUGCGUGAACCAGAUGCUGGCUCAAUCAGUUUAUCAAAAAAUGCCGUGAUGGGAUUUUUAGACCAAGAACAAAAAUAUCUCGAUCUGGAAAAAACGCCUAUUGAACUUAUAUCACAAGGUAAUAGUAAACUUUUCUCGACGCAAGGAGCGAUAAUUGGCCAUUUAAAACGGUUCGGUCUUUUCUAUGAACAUGACUUCUUUAGUCCGCUAAAAGAUUUAAGUAUUGGUUGUCGGCACAAAGCUCAAUUAGCACAAAUGAUUGCGGAAGGGGCAAAUAUUUUGCUGCUCGAUGAGCCUACUAAUCAUUUAGAUUUAAUGAGUCUCGAACAAAUCGAAAGUCAACUUUUAUCAUUUCCUGGCUUGGUUGUCGCCGUGUCCCACGAUCGUUAUUUUAUAAAAAAGAUUGCUGACCAAAUUCUGCAUCUUGAAACAGCAGCAACAUAA